AUGAGUGUGACGCUGUCGGGCCGCCCUGCUGCCGUGUGCCUGGGCAUGGGUGUGGCAGUGCUGGCCUCAGUGUCGCUGUCCAGACACAAUUACAAUCUGUGGCGCGCCUUUCGCCGUGCGUCCUCGAAUUGCCAAGCGCGGCACGGUCUGUGCAGCUCCAGUGCCGAUCCAGCAUCGAGUGUGCGGCUGCUACCGUGCGCCACAGAGUUAGAGCAGUUAACACCCAGCAGACUCAGUAAACAGAAGAUCACGGUCGUGCAGCUGAACAUCUUGGCGAGCAACUUGGCCACGCGGAACCAUUUUCCGUAUGUGGUAGAGUCAAGUCUCAACUGGGAGAACCGCAAGAUGAUACUACUGCGACAACUAGAGGCGCUGGACGCAGACGUAUUGUGUCUAGAGGAACUGAGCGACUACUGGACAUUCUUUAAGCCAGAGCUGCUGGAUCGAGGGUACGAAAGCGUCUACGUGAAGCGGCCAUCGAUUCACGUCUCGAACUGGUCCGGCGAAAAGAAGCACGACGGCUGCGGUAUUUUCUACAAAAAAGACAAGUUCGAAUUGAAGGAAUUCGAGGCAGUGAACUACCAUGAUCCGCACGAUCGCGUGGCUGUCUUGGCUCUGCUCAAGAUGCGUCACUUUGCGCAAUUUGUGUUAGUCGGUUGCACGCACCUGUGGUGGAAUGCCAAGAAGGUGGAUCAUCAGAUGGCUGAGCUUUACGAGCUUGAGGAAGAGGUUCUCCGCAUGAGCAGCGAUGUGAGGGACAAAUACGAGCGCGAACUAGCCGAUACUGUGACCGGACAGACCAGUGUACCAAUUGUGCUGUGCGGUGACUUCAACAACUCUCCCGAGUCGCCAAUCUACGAGUACAUGGAAAACUCGUUCAUGCAGAAGCCUAAUCUGGAGGGAUUAAGUGAAGUUUUCCGUAGCGCCUACGCUUUUUACAAGCCAAACGCACUGGCGAGUGCAUUGGAACACUCGGACGAGGAGCUGCAAUCACUCAAGGUAGAAGAAGGCAAGAAGGCCGAGCCGCCUCACACUACUGUCAACUUCAGGCGAUGCUGGACGAUUGACUAUAUCUGGUACUCAAAGAGCAGUUUGGUGCCUUCGCGAGUACUGGAGAUCCCACCGGAGAGCGAGCUACGUGCUGAGGACGGGCCAGGUAACUGGUUCAAUCGUCUAGCCAUGUCGGACAGCUUGAACCGAUCAGGUCGCCUGCCAUCGAGCCUGCACGGCAACUACAACGGAAUCCCCAACUCCGUUUUUGGCAGUGAUCACGUGCCCAUCAUGGCCGAGUUUGAGUUCCUCUGCGCUAGUGAAAACAGGAAUGUCGAGUAG